GCAUAAUUGAACAGUUUACACGGUCAUGACGGUAAUGGAAGUCGACUCAAAGCAGUACAAGGGCCACAAUUUCAGGAUAUAAAUUCCUGAAAAGCUUUUCAUGAUGGCUACUUCUGGUCAGCAUGUACCUGAUUGUUCCAAGGGCUCUGGAGUUCAUCCAUUUGGACAUGAAGUAUCAGUCACACGGGAUCAACUCCUCACUGCUUUCUUCAACCAUCUAUAUCUUGGCCAAUGGGAGUUAGCAAGUGCAUGUGCUUCAAGCUUGGAAAACUUACAGGGAACUAAGGAUCAAGUUGACAUUAGAGCUGUACUCCGAGCUAUCGUCAGACAUCCGCACGGCAUCAGUCUUGGUUUAGACAGUAUUUCGUCUCCUCAUCAACUGGCUUGGUUAGCAUCACUUCAUUUGAAACAAGAUAACAAAAAGGAAGAGGAUUUAUCUGCUGAGGAUUACAGAGAUGUUGAAUUCAGACUGUUACUAUACCUAGCACAUUCUGAUAGUGACCCAGCAGUUUUGCAGGAGGUAUAUAUGUACUCAAAAGCUGUUCAGUUGCAACUCGAUGCUGAUCAUCAAAAACUGGUUCAGAAGCAGACUUCGCUGCUGCCCCAUCUUUCCAAAGACUGCCUCAAAUUUCUGCUUUCAACUCUGAGCAAAGAUGUCACACUGGGUCAUACUAUCAUCCGGCGCCUCCUCCUCCCGACUCAAGACAAGAUGGAAGAAAACAACUUAGCACUUCAUCGGGUCUACGUCACUUGCCUAAUGGAAUGCGUGGUAUCGUUAGAGUCCAUAGAUGACAGAGAGAGUGUUGUAGAAAAGGAUCAAAAGGUGCAAUCCAUUUACAGUCUCUUAAAUUAUUUAGAUCCUCCUGCGUCUCUACUACCUAGACUCCAUAUUGAGGAGCUGUUCACCAAGUUGCUUGGUCACCAUCCAGGAAUGUUGGAUGAGGCUAUGCUCACUGCGGUCUUUAUGGGACGGGACUCAGACUUGUUGCUGCAAACCUUUCUGAAGGUUCAGUCUCGCAUGAGAUGGGAGUGUGUUGAGCAAGAUGUGAGUAAGAGACAUCCCCAGCUGAAGAGCAUGUGUGCAGAGUUGAGGAUCAACUAUGCCAUGUCAAUGAUGGAUGAUAGAGAAGCUGCCUGGAGGAACCUCCUGUAUUGGGUGUUAGAAAAUGAUCAACACGUUCUGAGCAAGAUUGUGGAAUUAUCCUUGACCCUAAUUCGAGAGAGGAUGUAUGAUGAGCUUAAUAGCCUUCUCCAGCCCAGUGAGUUUGCGCCCCUUAGACCCCUCAUUUUACUGCUUGGAUGGACUCAUGUCGAUGGCUGUUCAGCUGCUGAAAAUCUCCUUCAGACACUAUGGAAAAAAAAACCCAUGUACAGUGAAGAUGAUGCAUUGCAGCAGGCCUGCCAUAGACUUCAUCAUGAUGUACAACUUAUCCAGUGGUGCUUGGACAAAGUCAAGCCAUUGAUAGCCAAGUAUGAUGGUGAUCUUUGCCUAGAGCAGAAAGCUACAGCCAUGUUUCAAGGAUCAGAUUCUCAUUCAGUACUGACGUUGCUUUAUCACUUCACAAACCUCUCAAAGAUAGAUCACAUGGAAGGGUUACAAAUCUUGAACUCUACACCUCAGCUGGAAUGGACACGGGGCAGCAAUGGUGAUGAAGCUAAGACUGUGAGGUUUGCUGACAGCAAGGAGCGUGUUGACCAAAAGCGAGAUUGCACCAUCUACAGGAGUUUCCUAGCGAUGUGGAAUGUUACGUUAGCAUUACUGCACAGUGCUAAUCCAAUGAGUAAUCACAAGGACCGUGCAGCCUCUAGUCCACCUGCGAUAUCUGUAGUGUCUCCUGAGGACCACCAUCGAUCGAGAACAGGAACUCCUGGAACAGUUAGGAAUGGUCAUUUGGGGUCUGCAGAUAAUGCCUCUUUGGAAACAGCAAAGUCUGUAGAUAUUGAAGAUGAUGAUACGAGCUGGCAGACUUGUGUUGUUGGUAGGCUGAGAUCAGCAAAGGAACAGAUUGCAGAGAUUAUACCUCUGACAUACAGGGUUGAAAUUAUAGAGAAUCUCUUCUCUGUGUUGUUCGCAAGAUAUGAAGACAUCCAAACUCUUGAGAGUGAUGCCAUGAUGUCUGAUAGCGGAGGAGAGGAGGGCCAUGUGGAUGAGGAGUGGAACAACAUGAGCUUUAACACCAGUCUUGAAAGUGUGGAAAGCCCUCUCAAGGAAGGUUCACUCCUGACUGAGUUCACCUUCUCAACAAUUCUUGAGAAAAGUUCGUCUGUUAGUGUCGACCAGCCUGUAAUGAAUGGCCAGAUUAAAGACAGAACCCAAAAUAUCAUUGAGGACACACUCACACCUACAAUGAUUGCUGACAGCAAUGUGCUUAAAAAUGCUGAUAUGCAUCAGCUGAAAUACGGAAAGAGGACCAGCUCUGAGACUACUAACAGUUUGCAGAGUUAUCUGAAUCACUUUGAGUCGUCAGUCAACAAGGUCGGUUUCAUCACGAAUCGAAGGUUCAUGCAGGAACUCUUGACAAUGCUCAAGGAAUGUAUUGAGGAUGUGAAUACUGCCAAACUUGCCAAUAUUGUGUCGAAGGGACAAUCCAAAGGGUCAUCUGACGAGACCCUCCAAUCACAUCUGUUGACAUCGGUACCUCAGGCACAUCUUGCCCAGCGUAUUGCCCAGCUUACCAAGAGAAUCAAUGAAGCUCGUUGGCGUUUUCAAUUGGUUUCCAGUCAUCAAGCCAAUGUCGAUGAUGAGGACAAGUUUGAUGAGAAAGUAGAGGAGGAAGCAGUCAUCAAAUCUUUCUUUGAAGCCAGAAGCGAUGAAAAUGGGGAGGAAAAGAAGAAGAGAAAAAGAACUUCAUCUAAACGAAAUGGAAGUAGAAGCAGGAGUGCAUCAGGCUGGAGUAGUUCUGAGCCGGGAAGUGGUAACAUGUCAACGCAAUCCCAGACACACCUGAGUGCAGGUCCGAUGUCUGCAGGUAAUAGCAGCGGCACCGAAAGAAGAAAAAGAAGGAAGCAUAAGAAGUGUAGCUCCCAUCGAGGAUCCAUCAGUCCUAAACCUUUUCUUCAUCAUGACAGCAGCAUCGUGGCUCAGAUGCUGGCCUCAGAGGAUACCCUGCUUAGGAUGUGCCUCAGAAGGGGAAACUUUGCACAGGCACAACAGGUCAUCAAGAUAUUUGACAUGAAGGACAAACCAGAGGUAUCUGAAGUUCACUUUGCAUCGCACUGGCAGCAGGCUGUUGGAAAACUCAAAAUCCUGGAUAAGUCCAAGAAAGGUUCCUCCUCCAGCAGCACUGUUACCUCUACACAGCAGCCUAAGACUGGAGGAAUACUUGGAAGCAUCGCAUCAAUUGCUGCUGCUGGUAUUGCAUCACUAUCUUUGUCCGGUGUCAUUGAUGAUCUACUGAACAGUUCAACCUUACCGAUGCUACCUCAGAUUGAAGACAUCAGUGGAGGAGUGGUAGCAGGUGCUAGCCCUGGCUCAAGAGGUGGUAGCAGUAUGCUGUGGCAACAACUCAAUUCAAUUAACAUUUCUUCUAUGAUCAUUUUUGAUCUUGCAUGCACUGCCAGCCAUUCUUGGAAAACCUGCAGCGAGCUAUUGGAUGUGGCUAUGAGUCGUCUCAACGUGGAUUCUGUUCCAGAACAUGGCAGUCCUGGACCUGAAGUGAAACUUACCAGUUCAUCUCAGGUUGUGUCAAGCCCCAAAUUGGAUCAGUCGCAGUCUCUGCUUGGAAUAUCAGCAUUCCUUGGACAGCUACAUAACCUGAUAAACCCAAUCUCUUCCAGUUCAACCGCUUUAAUUCGUCCUGAAGUCAUGGAGUAUUUCCAGCGAUGUGCCUUGGAUGCUCUCACAACUGUCUCUGCUCCCUUGGAGCCUUCAACCCUCCGUGCUCAUGUUAACUUUGUUCUUGAAGUCCGUAGAGGACUAGAGCUUAUGACCAAGGCCCUUCAAGCAUACCAGGCGGAUGAAGAGUGUGGCCUCGCUGAACUCUCUCUCAAGUUUGGAGAUAGCCCCAAGCAUACCAGUAGUCCUAAACGGGGUGCUCGCCACCCCAGCCCAAAGCAGAGUCCUACCAAGACUAAGACUAAGCAGAAGGUUUCUGAUAUUAAUCAUUCAGUACACCAGCUACUCAUUGCUCUUGAUAAGAAUGUGAUGCCUAGUUUUAUGAUGGCCUUUCCAAAGAAUCGAAGAUCUGAUGAUCAACCAGUUAACCCAGCUAACUAUCUUCUGACUCUUUAUAACCAUCUCAAUGUCUUGGCUUCUCUUGCUCAGGAUGCACAAGGUUGGCAACCAGGGAGUGAGAGGCAGUUAAAAGUGGAACGAGACCUGUGUCAAAACCCAUUUAGUAUCCUAGCAGAAAGUCCCAGUCUCUUACUUGGUCGGCUGAUGUUUGCUAAUCAGAUUCCACCUGUCAGGUUAGAGAGUGUUGCUAGUGAAUUGAGGUUAAACCUGAUUCAAAUCAUCAUGCAGAGCUGCUGUCCUGCCAUCCCUAUGAUGCCCCACUCUUCUGUCAUUGAUACACCUGCCCCACCCCAUACAGUAGAUAAUGUGACUGUACUCAAUGAAGGGGGCGUGGCAGGGGAGUGGCCUCACCCUGUGAGGAGACCAUGUGUGGUCGUUGAAGAGCUUCUCACCAAGAUCAUCUCUCUCAUGAUGAAGCAUGUAUCUGGUGAGGGAUCAGAUGCUGCCUUUGAGCUGAGUUCUGCUGCUGGUGCAUGCUCUACCCCUGAGUACUGGGACAUAGUCAUGUCUACAAGGGAACUCAAGCAUGUAGACAUGGAUCUCCUACAAACCAAUGAAGAUAAGCUGUGUUUCUUCACCAAUCUCUUCAAUCUCAUGCUUGCCCAUGCUGCUUUGCAUCAUGCCACACUUCAGAUGAAUGAAAAGGGCAAUACCUUUACACUGGGUCAUACGCGGCAUUACUCUCUUGGGCGUGGGGCUACUAACCCUGGGUCUAUCAUGCUGACCUCCCCUGGUAUCAAUAGUGGAAUGGUCCUUGACCAACUUAGUUAUCUGUCUAGCAUGGCUUAUAGAGUUGGUCAAAUGGGGGUCAUCAGUGCAUUUGAUCUCCAUUAUGUCAUUCUGCGAUCAUCAUUACCUGUCCCUUUAGUCUUUGGAGAUAUCUUACAACAUAGACUUCAUGUAUUGGGAGAGGAUGAUCCAUGGUUGAAGUACAUCCCAUCCCCUGACUCUAGAAUCACCUUUGUGUUUUGCAAUGGGUCUGCCUCAUCACCACGUCUCAGGGUACUGAGAGUAGAUGAUUUGGAUGAACAGUUGACUCUAGCAAUGCAGAAUCAUCUUGAGGCUGGAGUAAGGGUGGAUGAAAAACUGAAUCAGAUUAUCAUUCCUCAAUCUCUUGAAUGGUUCCGCAAGGACUUCACUGGUUCCACCCUACCAGUCAAUGUAGAUCAUGGUAAUAUCUACAUGGGUCUACUGAGGGUAAUCACUCCUCAUGUGUCUCAGUAUCUAGGUGAUAAGCUAGAGGAUUAUACCAUGAAGUACCUACCAAGGCAUAUUGAACUUGAGAGCAAGGCAGAACUGGUCAAUGGGGCUGAAGAUGGAGCAGACUAUCCUCCAAAAAAGAAACCUCCAUUUCAGCGGUCUAACUCAAUGAGGUUCAAGAUAAUGGUUACACCUUAUGACCGAACCUUCAGGUAUCGCUUCUAUGGUCCAUCCGAUAACGCAGUACAACCUUUAACACUGAAACGUAGACUCUCUGUCCCAGAUAACUUUGACUCCAGUGGACUUGGCUGGAGUUUGAUAGAUGCACCUGCAGCCGAACCUCCUUUCUCAAUGACAGAGCCAACCUUGAAAUACCUUCACUCAAAGUCCAAACUGGUGGCAUCGCUGGCAGGCGUGGUCAGUGCAGGGAUCGGUGAGAACACUGAUGCCUUUGCCAAAGAUAAAUCCAUUGAUGAAGAUAUGCUGUCCUCUAGUGUUGGUAGUCCUGCAAGUCUUGUUUUUGAGGAUACCUUUGGGAGUGAUAGGACAUACAAUCCUAAGUUAUCAACCAUGACCAAAGUCCUCCAGCAUUUGGCUGGGUAUCCCAUCAUGCAAUACUAUGUUCAGUCAUUCUUCUCAGAAGUGUUGUCCAUAGCGGGUAGCUCAAAAGGCAAUGACUGUUUAGAUGAGAAGGAGGUCAGAGCGAGUCUUCUUGCCGAUACACGCUCCAAGGAGGUUCUAGGUGUCCUGAAAGAAGCAGUAGAGUUGCUUGUAUCCAGCUGCCAGUGGGAAGCAGUCAUGAAGCUUGUGGAUACUAUACAUUGCAUUGGUGGGACUGAAAGCUACACUGUCAUCAGGGACUUUGCUGCAUACUGUGCUGGUAACCAGGUCAAGGCAGGUCAGAUGACAUCAUGCUCCAAACCAACAUGGCAGUGUUUGUUGACAGUCAGGAAUAAGAUACUGAGAGACAGGGCAGUGCUUGCUUCCUUAGAUAGUCUCCCUAUUGAAGAUGCCCUGGAGUUGCUAGAAUGUUGUGUGUUGGACAAUAGGAAAGACUCUCCCUUGAACAAUAUCCUGCACACAAAAUUUCAGCAGCUGAAGAUGUACAGAAAGAUCACAUUCUAUGCUAUGCAAUACUCUCCACCGCUCUCACUUGGAGUUCUUCAGGGAGGAAGUACUCCCUCUGACCUCUCGGAGGUCAUUCGACCCCUAUGUACAUGGCAGGAUGUCCAGGAUGCUUCUAAAACCAGUCCUGAUAGUGUUCUCAAGCUGCUGAUGUCUGCUUCAGACUUUGAUCUGGCCAAGGAUUGGGCAGAGCUCCAUGGAGUUAUUGAUGAUUACCAGCAGACUAUCCUAGUCAACCAGUUGGAACAUUUAUUAUGCAACAGUUGUAACAACCUUCAGGUUUACCAGAUACUUGAGGAUGUUUGUAGCAGUGAAGAAACAAUCGCCAUUUGUACUCAGUUGCUUGAGUCCCAGAAGAUAGCUCUACCCAGUGUAGUCUUCUUGGUCCAUUAUCUCCUUCAUAAUUGCCUUGAUGAGCUAUCUCUGGAGAGGGCUGGAGGACUACAUGAUAUCAGUAUAGGUGCCAAGGUUCUGCUUUGUUUACCUGAGAGAGUGAGGGGAGAGUAUCAACAUAUCAUGUCUAGACCAGACCUGUUGCUGGAACAGCUACUGAUGAAUCUCAAGAUGAACCUUGCAUCCGAUGUGCAGGCGACACUCCAAGAAGAGCUCCAGUCAUCGCGUUUCCCUUCUGCAAGUCUAUCUGAAAACUCCAUCAAUGCUCUCAUCUCCAAGUAUGCCAGAGAAGCUAUCCAGAUCCCAGUUGCUCUUCUCAAUACUUCUUUGUCAGACACCGACUCCGCCCUGAACCAAAGCUUCGCCCUAGCCUCGUAUGCCUCGGCCCUGUCACCUCUUGGCCUGGUGUCUGCCUUGAAGGGACGUCAGUUCUUGGCAUCAAUGAGGGGUCGUGCCCCAUCCCCUUCCCCCUCCUCUGUCUCCUCCUCUUCUUCUAUACCGGUCCCUGAGAGGAGAAGGCAAAGCACCAGGGGUCAAAGUCCAGGACUAACAAGUCCUGGUUUAACCAGCCCACCAUCCCGUCGGACAAGCCGAGAUGGUCAGAACUCUGACCAGUUGGUAUCGCCUCCUAGUUCUGCCACCAGACCCCCUCCUCUUCCAGAGGUACCAGAAAAGCCCCCGGGUGUGUCUGUAGAGGGGGGUGAGUUACCCGCUGUACCCCCUACUAGGGAUCAAUGGGUACCUGAUGAUAAGGUCUCAAACUGUAUGGUGUGCCAGGAUAGGUUUAGUAUGUUUAACAGAAGACAUCAUUGUCGACGCUGUGGACGUGUUGUAUGUUGGAAGUGUUCACAGUUGCGUGCGGUGGUUGAUGGAUAUGGAGAUACGCCUGUCAGGAUCUGUGAUCAAUGCUAUGAACGUUUUAUCGCUCCUAGAUCAUAUGGAACUCCUCAAGCACUAGAACAAAGAAUGAAAGGCAAAAUGUCAGGAGGAAGAGGAUCUGGAGGAUCGGGGACCAUGCCAUCAGUCUCACAAUCCUUAACACCAUCUCAGCCAACCCCUGAGCUAGGUAUGGGAGGGGAGGGGUUGACAGAGUAUGGUCCUGUCACUGAUUGGAGAUUAUCAUUGGAUGAAGAAUACUGUAGUAUGGUCAGAGAAGAUUUCUACUAUGAACAGGCUCCCAGUACAUCCCUAUGUCUAUCCAUCUUGGAGCUUCACUCUGACCCAGGGGCAUGUGGUCACCUGAUUCUUCUACUGUGUCAAAGGUUAUCUGAGUAUCUCAGACCGGUCAGACCAGGUGAACCAAACACUGAGGUGGACUAUAGUCUUGUUCUCAGCAUGAUGCGUACUUUAUUGCUGAACAGCAAGCUGAAGUUCUUAGGUUCAGGAGACAGUGCUAGCCUAGAGCUGUGUGAUACCUAUCUUGGUCAUGUGGAUCUUCUUAAUAUGUUUGUUUCAAGUAACUGCACGGAUAUACCAAGUAUUCAACAACUCACACAGAUAGAUACUGCAAGACGUAUCCGAGACAAGCUUGUCCUGUCAGAGCGUUUGUCCCUUGCCAUGGAGGUCUCCACCAAGUGUGGGCUGGAUCCUGGAGCUGUGUGGGCAGCCUGGGGACUCAGCUGCCUCCAGGCUGGAGAUUAUGAAGGAGCCAGGGAGAAACUCAGUAAAAUACUGAAGACCCCUACAGAUAGGAACCAAACUCAGGGACCCAAUAAACUGUUACAGGAAAUCAUCAAGAUUUUGGAAUCCUCAGCUGGUCAAACGAUUAAGGUUCAAGACAUCUUGACACUGUCUGCUAGUUCUAUAAAGGACUUUAUCUCACAGCCGUACAAGAUUGUACCAGAGUCAGAUAAGUUGACAGAGAAUCGUGCUCUUAAAGAAUGUGUAUACUACAUUGAGACAUACAGUUCACACCUAACGGCUAUUCAGUUCUAUAAGAGACAUGGGAUGUUCCCAAAGGCUGUUAUCUAUAUUCUCCAAGAGCAAUGUUCUAAUGAGGUAUUCCUAGAGGGUUUGUUGGUGCCAAGCAUAAAAGAAGGACAGUUUGGGCAACUGCAGGAAGGCAUGCUGAGAGUAGAUCCCUCGUUAGUUAAAUGGCACCCUUACCUGACAGCAUCCUGUCGUCAUGUCAACCGUCUAGGCUGGAGCCACAUCCUCUAUCAGAUGCAGCUCUUCAUGAAGGACUUUGUACGAGCAGCCAUGACAUGUAUCAAGUUCUUCCAGACCAGAGCUACCUCAUAUUCGGACCUCUUUGAGCGUCUUCAUCAUGUGAACAGGGCUAAAGAUCACAUGACUGCUGUGAUGGAUGAUAAACAGUGGGGAAGCGUGCCCCGCCCUUCCCCUGGUAGCCCAUCAUCAAGAGGGUGGGGUGGAGCCACAGCAGAGACUAAUAUCAGACUCACUCUUACUCCGUCAGAACUUACUAAGCAUCUAAAUACGAUCAGCCUGCAGAUAGAAGUCACUACAUUCCUCCAUCGUCAUCUUGGAAAGAACAGUCUGGUUCCACCCAUAUCUCCCACUCAGACCUCCUCAACUCAACAAGCUGGUCUGACUAGAAAGCAGUCAGUGGUUGGGGGUGGGGUGCAGUUAUCAGGGCUACCCACACUGUUUGGCAACAGCAUGGAGAAAGCAGAUGUCGUUCACAAGGUUCUGUUAGCUGGUACAACAAUACAAGAAGGGUUCCAACUGGCGUUUAAAAUCAUUCAGGACUUCCGACUUGCCGAGACUAAGAUCUACAGUCGGGCAGGACGUCGUCUCAGUCUCCUCAAGAAGUUCAACGAGGUCAAAUUGCUUCUCAAGUGUCAUAAGGACACUGGAUUGGCUAGCAAGGAGUCAUGUGAUGAGAUCCUUGAUGCCAGUGUGAGGGCGCUCGUUGGAGACAAGACGCAGGUCAAAGGUGCAGAGGAGUUGAUCAAGCUAAUGCAAGGGGAUACAAGCAAGAUCAAUGCAUACAUUUUGAUUGGACGACUGAGGCAGGCCUACUUAUUGGCAGUGAAGGGAGAGAGGGAGGAUGAUGUCAGACGCAUCGCCAUGGCAGCAGAACAAGCCGAGGCAUCAGGGGUUAAACUGAAAGCUAUUUGUGACCAGUGGCUGAGGGAUUACGAGGCUAAGAGGAGAAACGCUGAACAAACCAAGGAGGUGCUAGCAAGGAGUAGGGCAACCAGGUAUUGAGGGAGAGUAUCAGGAUGCACCGUUGAAAACUCAAAGUUUGUGAUCAAUUUUUACUCAGGUGUUUCAUGCAAAGCUUCAGAAGUCCCAAAGAGGAGUACCAUUAGAGCUCACUAUUCUUAACGUAUAUGCUUACUAUCAUCAAGCUGUGUGCUAUUCAAUCUAAUGAAACAAAUACGCAGGUCAUGGGGGAAGUACAUGUAACAAGGCAAGUGUGUAUGUACAACUCGUCGUUGGCUGAGUUAAGGGAUAGCUAUAUACCUCAACAUCUCUUUAUGUAUUGGCAUUAGUGGGUCGGUACAGUCUUAUCCAGUCUCAAUACUUUCCUACCAACACAUUCCAAAAAAAUCAGUAAACGUGACCAGAGUGGCUUAGUUGUAGGAUGCCUGCCUCAUUUAAGCCCGGCUCACACUAUGCGAUUCAUUGCAAUCCGAUUUUCAAAGAAAUCAUAAUAACAUUUGACAUGAACUUUCCACCAAUAAAAUCUUAGCGAUCCGUGGUCAGAAUAGUCGUAGGACUACUGAAAUCAAAAUUUAAUGUAGUUCGAGCCUCAAUGUAGGAAUAAAAGCAAAUUCAAUUUCAAAUCGUAAUGACGUCAUCAUCAGCUGCGACUUGAAGCCAAUUUGAAACUUUUAGGGCAUUUUGAAAUUUCUAGCUUUGUGUCCUCAUCGAAUAAAUGUCAAAUGGAAAUGGGAAAAAUUCUAAAAUUUGAAUUUUCAAGAUUCGGAAAAGUUCUUUUUUACUCGUAUUCCGAUCUCAUAACUUUGGAUUUCAUUCAUUUUGAAAAACUGUGUUAACUAUCCGGGUCUACCUCUUACCUCCAAACAUGUUCAGAAAGGAUUGAGAAUAACAUAUUCAACAGUUGAGAAUCAUACACCACCCCCAAAAGAAAUAAAUGUUUUAAAAUGAUAGAACCCAUCUAUCCUACAUUUUGAGCCAUUUCAAUUAAGUUUCAGUGGGCGCCAAUUCUGAGGCUGUUGAAACAAGUUUAGACUGAAUAUGUGCUUAAAUCCAAAUAUGGAAACGAUCUUAUUGAUUUUCUUGAAAACUCCUGACGAUCAUAAUUACAUGACAUUAUAAUUCAAAACUUUCUGAUAUUUUCACUUUAUUUUUAAAAGAUUUUCCUCUUUAUUAUCGUUUGUUCUCCAUCUAUAAAAUGCUUGUAUUUGGCUUGUAUUGUGCACAUUGAGUAUUACCCAUUUACAUGUACAUCUAGUCAUAUCUUUUCCUUUCCAUUUGAUGUAAACAUGGAAAGAACACUAUUAUGUAAGUUUUCUCUUCAAAUUACUGUCGGUAUAACCUGGAUUUUUAAAUGCCUACACAACUCAAAAAUACAUGUCAAGUGUUUCUGAUCAGGUUUAUCCAUGUGGUACAGUGUAUAUACAUGUAUAGCCUUGUGGUAUUCUCAGCUGUGUAUUUACGAUUGAAUAGAAUACAAAGAACUAAAUAGGAUUCUGAUAUUUUUUUAUUCAGAGGUUUAGAAAGAAUGAUCACUUGAGCAAAUCUGACAUUCUCCAUAUAACAUGCAUUUCAUGGGGGAUUUAUACUUCAUGCAUAAAAUCUUGCCAAAUCAAACUCUCAAGAACAGUAAUUUUAUAUUGAUAGAUCAUGACCACCUUGGGGCAUUGACUGCGCAAGUACCAGCACGUGUUUCAUGGGAUCAUAAAUUAAACACGACUAGGCCAGUAUGCAUACACUGUGUUUGUAUGGCCUCAUAUGCAAUUGAAAAUACUACUAGUAUCUUACCGUUUCCUUGUAUGUUCAUGGAAUUGAAAGAGUUGUUGGAACUUAACAUUCCCAGUACUAAAACUGACAUUCUUGUCAUAUUUUCAAACUAUUGUGAAUGUAUAUUGUGAAGCUGAAUAUAGCAGCCGAGGAGUAAGAGGGCAUUAAUAUCAGUUCUAAUGAAUUGAAAUUAUGUAACAUAUGUUAAAGUAUUUAAAUAAUGAAAAAAAAAAUCAACUCAAAGUGUUGACCUUGUGGAAAUACACCAAACUAGGAGGGUGAUGUGCCUUAGAUUUUGUAAUAUUUGUAGCAUUGAUUUAGAAUUUGAUUUUAUCGCUACCCAAGAAGUAAAAUGCAAUAUCAUCAUGUAUGCAAUAUUUGUAUAAUGUAUGUCCAAUGUAUUGAGGGUAAUGUGAAAAUGUAUGUGUAUGUAGUUUUAUUAGAUGGCUUAUUGCUCCCACUUAUUGAUGAAAUUAAUUGCCAUAUCAUACAGCUGAAAACCCUGUUUCACAAUUAGAUUCUUAGUACAUGUAACAAGUGCCAUGCAAACUUAUAUACUCAGUAUAUGUUUGUUUUGUUCCAAAGUACGUAGUUUCUAACCAUUAACAAAUUAAAACUGGCAUCAGAAGAAUUGCUGUCACUUGGGCAUUACGGAAUAUUAUUACAAGAUAUUUGGCUGUGAAAUGAAAAUUGAUAACAAUGCAUACUACUUUAAGUUUCAAACUUGAAUGGACAUUAUUUGCCAUAUUGCCCCUUCCUUCUUUGUGUUAUGACCAUCUAUGAAAUAAGGCGGCGAUGCUCUACCAUAUACCAUCCUUUCUGUUCAUGUUCUUGUGUAAUAAUAUUGACCAAGAUCUGUACAUUUAUUAUUGACAAUGGAGUAUAACCUUUGUAAUACAGUUUUGGUCACUAUUUGUGAUACCUAUUAAGUUUAGCCUGAAUAUUCUAUACAUAAUCAUUUGUUGUAACUGCUUUAGAAAUGCUGAAUACUGAAUCUGUAGAGAAAAGGUGCCAUUUACUCAAAUUAUUUUUUUAAAGAAAAAUUCAAUGAUAAGAAGUCAAGUAAUAUUCUUGCCCCCAAAUGAUAUUAUGGAUAUUAUUGCAAUUUGGGCUUAUGUUAUGUUUGUAUGUUGAAAUGAAAAUGAAAAUCCAUAUUUUAUUAUGAAAAAUAGAUAUGAAAUGAAAUACUCCGAAGAUUUGCUUUUCCCUAUUGUGGGCCUGGCAGCCGCUGUGCAGCGCCAGAUCGACGAGGCUCUAUCCCUUUAAUCGUUGAACGCCAAACAGGGUAGCAGCAAUUUCCAUCUUUUAACGUCUUUUGGUCUGACGCGGCCUGGGUUUAAACUCCCAACCUCCUGGUUGUGAGACGGACGCUCUGCCAAGUAAGCCAACACGCCGGUUAUGUUACUGUAUGUUUGUAAGAUAACAAGGAAAUCCACAAUUAUGUUAUCCAUUUUAUACAUAAUUCAUGAUAAAUCUGAAAAAGAUUUGAAUCAUUGAAAAUCAAUAUAGUCAAUGUCACAUGCAUCGUAUAUAAUAGGAUGUUUGAAAUAUAUCUGGCAUGUCAUCUAGACAAAUUUGACUUAAUAUAUGGGUCAAAUAACACAACAGAACAGAAUACCGGCUUCAAGUCAUGUGAUUUGAAAAAGCAAUGGUUUUAGAUAUCAGGUGACCUUUAAAACUGAAUUUAUUUUAGAGAUAUUCAGUUGAUAACUUCAGUGUAUGAUUUCGUCGAUGAUUGACUUUAUUUUAAAGGUUUUAGCAUAAAAAAAUGACCAAAAUAUACUAUCCUACCAAGGAGGCUCGUGUGAUAAUACUCAGCAAGGCAUAUACGGACCAUGCGUAAGCUAUUGUUGAAAUUAUUGUUGUGAUUUUGAGACAAAAUUUGGGAUUAUCAUUAGUACGGGAAGCUAAAGAACAUCAGCCGGGCCAGGCCGGGUACCAGCGGACUGAGGUGCUGCUGACAUGGCUGGGCUCGAAUCAUGAGAAUAGGAGACUAUUUAUUUCAAAUGUCACAUGUUCUUUCAUUUUGCCAAUAAUGCCCAAAUAAUAAGGUGACGGUUUUGACUGUCCCAAUUAAUUCAGGGUUAAAGGGGUAGGGGUGCCUUGCCUUUUCUUAGCAAGCUAUCAAUAUUUACUCGUUUCAUGUCUAAAUACCAAAAUGUAAAAAUGGUCAUUCAUAAUCUUUGCAUCAUGGAUGAUUUAAGUACAGAUACAUGUAGCAGCCAAAACUAAAGUGAGCUUUAAUUCAGGUUUUUAUUGAUUCAUUAAUCCAGAAUGACUGCUUCUUGAAAUGUUCUCUGGACCAUUUUCUAACAUGAAAUAAUCCAUUGAAUUGCAGCAACAUUCACAUAAUUUUUCACAUCUAACAUAUUUAUUGUCUCUUGUUAACUGCACCAUUUUAAAUGCUGAUAGUGUGUAAUGGAGAUAUGAUGUAAUGUUUCCCGACUUUUUCAAAUCGACAAGUCCAUCUAUAAACUGAUUAGACAUGUACUGUAGAACAGUCAUAUGUUGUGAUAUAGCCCAUUGAUUUUCAGUCAUGUCGGAUUUACAAGGCUAUUCUGUGCAAAUGCAUCCAAAAGGUAAUCAAUAAUUAAACUUAUCAAAUACUGGAAUAAAUCAGUAUUAUGAAGUAUCAUUUUGGAUGUGUUAUUUCCAUUUGAUUUCUUUCAAAGAAUGUCUGGAAUAUGUCUUUCUUUUAUUUGAUUUAUAAAGAUAUUUUACUUUUAUAUAUUUAUAUAAUGGCAAAUUGUAUAUGAGAAAACAUAGAUAUACAAGUAUUAUACAAUAAAUUUUUUUUAUUAACAUCUUA